AUGUCUCAGAGGAGUAAAGCACCCACAAGCCAGAGCCACUCAGCCCGUCCCUCUACAUCAGACGCUCCGCGCUCCGCUCUGAAGAGCAGCUCCAAGCACUCGAAGGAUUCAUCUCACAAAGGCAAAGAGAUGCGUAGGCGGGGUUUCAGUCAGGCCUCCGUCACUGCAUACGCACCAUACCUCAAUGCCCUCUUUGGACAGGACAGACAGCUGUUGCCAGAAGAGCUGGAUGAGCUGCAGCAGGCAUUUAAGGAGUUCGACUAUGACCAGGACGGAUACCUGCACUAUAAGGACGUAGCUGAGUGCAUGCGCACCAUGGGAUACAUGCCCACGGAGAUGGAGCUGAUCGAGAUCAUUCAACAGAUCAAAAUGAAAUGGGGUGGUCAUGUAGACUUUGAUGAUUUCUGCGAACUCAUGGGCCCGAGGAUGGUUAUGGAGACCACCGACAUGGUGGGCCUUCCAGAACUGCACUGCGCUUUCAAACAGGUUGACUCUGAUGGUGAUGGGCGGAUCAGCUUCGAGGAGCUGAAGGAGUCGAUGACCACUCUGCUGGGUGAGAAGCUGAAGAAGGGCGAACCGGAAGAGAUCCUGUCCGACAUCGACCUCAACGGAGAUGGAACUGUGGACUUCAAUGAGUUCGUCAUGAUGCUGGCAGCCCAUUGA